AUGACUGGCUGCUGCAACGUCUUCAAGGUUGAGCUCCGAUGGCCCGAGCAGAUAGCAACGUCGAAUUGGUUCCCACCACUGGUCUACACGAUCUUCAACGGGCUCCUUGCGAUUGUUUUUGUCGCAUUUCUGAUCAUGAUUCUCUCCGACAGCAUCCCAGACAUUGGCGCAUUCUGGCUCAUUUACCUGACAAAUUGGGCAUUGAUCGUGGAAACGAUUGCUAUGGUGAUGCUUUGCAUCUCCACCGUGUGGGCGUACGCCAAGUUGCCUGAUGGCCCCUCGCAGGGAAAGGCUCCCCUCUUUGUUCGCUACACUGUGGCCUUGUGGUAUUUGAUUCAGCCAUUGUCAUUGAUUGUGGUGAUUUUGCUUCUUGGCGUGAACGAGGCUCAGCCUCUCAAUGCUUUGGAAUUUAGCUUUUUUGCGGCCCGCAUUCCAUGGUCCUUCAAGAACUUCAUUUGGGGUUUGGUCUUCCUUCUUACCUACCUCGGCUGGACUUUGAUUCACUUCUUCGCGCAAAUUGGUACCCCUCGUGGUUGCGAACUCUAUAUCGAUCCGGAGUGCCCCAUCUAUGACGCGUUUGAUUGGAAUAUGCCGAUGAUGACCACAAUCAUUACCAUUUUUGCCUUGGUGGGAUAUGCCGUGCUCGCAGGACUCUACACGGCCUUCGUCCGUUGCCGCCAAUGCUGCUUCCCCACGCCCGUGGGAGAAGUGGAAACCAAAGAUGGACCUCAGAACAUUGAGACGAUUGAGAACGCUGCCUAGGAUGGGAUGGGAUAGGCACUUCUUCAGCCACCCAAAAAUCCUGGAGAUCAUUGUGGGGCCGAUGCUUGUUCUUGGGGCUGCUUGGGGCCCUUAUCCAUGUCAGAAUCCCAGAAUCCAUGUUGACACUUCAAAACUAGUGUCGGAACAUGAUGCUUUAAUCGUGACAUCACUCCACUCUGUUUUCAAAAGCCUUUGGGAUUCACAAUGCUCUCUGUCUCACUGCCAACCCCAAGAGCAUGUGAGUUCCGCAGGUUGGCUCCUGUGUGCUGGGCC